AUUCCCCAACACUCUUCUUCACAAAUAAUAACAGUUUCAUAUUUCUUUUUCUUCCCACAAUCACCCUUUCAAAUUUUCUUUUCUCCUUCCCUUUCCAUUUCACCAUGUUCGAUUCAAAUCUCACCCGCAAGAGACCCUUCCCACACAACCCUUCCGCCUCCGUCGUUUUAAACCAUUUCGAUGUUCCUCUAUUUUCCGCCACCGAAAACGGCGCCGUUUCGCGCUGCAACUACAUGCUUCUUCACGCCGACCAACCCUACUUGAUCGGCCGGAAGCCUCGCGACUGUCAAUUCGUCUUCAACGACCGCCGUGUAAGUAAACGGCACUGCCAGAUAUUCUUCGACGCCUCGCUUCGCAAACUCUACAUUCUGAGUGGGGUUUUGUCACACGCCGAUUCUUCCGAAUUUCGCCUCGUUCACGAGUUUAGGAAAAGAGUCAUGGUUACUUCUCGCGGCGGUGAGGGUUUUCCGUUUCUAGAAGCUUCGAAUGGUGUUUUUGUUAACGGUGUUGAAAUUAGAAAGGGAAUGGCGGUGGAGUUAACGGAAGGAGACAGGGUUUCACUUGUUUGUGGAAACAUGAGCGGUUCAUGUGGGAUUGGGAAUCGGAUUGGAUUUGUUGUGGAGAGAAUUGCUGUUGAAAGUUGUGAUGGUGAUGGUGAUGAUUAUGGUGAAUUUGAUAGGUUAACAUUCUCAGAGCACUCCCAAAGUGGGAAACGAAGCAAGAGGGUUUUCGCAGUGAAGGCUAAUGACUCAGAAUUUGAGGGAGUUUUUGGUAGGGCAAGGUUUCUUGUGAAUAGAUGUAGAGAUAUAUUGCUCAGUGAUGAUCCUUUGUCUUGCAUUAAGCGUUCUGUUUCAGAUUUACAAUGCGGAUACAAGUGUACCAUUGAUACUGAGUUAGCUGAGUUGGUGCAGAGGGUAACGGAAGACAAUGGUAUUGAUACUGUACAGUCAAGUGCAGGUGUACUUUGUGAAAGUAAAGUGAUGAAUUUGGAGGAAAGUGGUGAAAAAAAUUGCCCAAAAGGGAAGUUGGGAGUUGAUCGGGUUAAUGGUUAUUGUGAUGAGAAUUCUAAGUUGAUAGUGUCAGAUUGUAUUGAGAAGGAUAAUGUUUCUGAUGGAAAUAACUGGCAGGGAAAUGAUGGAUGUAAUUUUUAUCCACCUCCAGGGAAGAAUUUUUACUUGAAUCGUCUUGAAUUUAUGAACCAAGACUCAUUGGGUGCUGAUAAAUCUAUAUCACUCAAUGAACUUAUUCAUCCUAUAGAAAGCGUGACUGGGAUGUUUAUUGCAACCUUUACAAGUGACAUACAAUGGUUCUUGUCAUAUUGCAAGAUUCCUGUACAUCUUCCGGUUACAAUCGCUUGUCAAAAUACCGAGAGAUGUUGGAGUUCAAAGCCAGAUGAAAGAGUAUCUGUGCCUUACCAGAAUUAUCCUAACCUAGUUGUAGUGCAUCCUCCAUUCCCUGAAACCAUAGCAUUUGGUAAAGACCGCAAUAGACAUGGGAUAGCUUGCCAUCACCCGAAGCUGAUUGUUCUGCUAAGAGAUGAUAAUAUUCGAGUUGUCAUUACAUCUGCUAAUUUGGUGGAAAAGCAGUGGAUCAGUGUGACUAACACUAUUUGGUGGCAAGAUUUCCCUCGUGCCGUUUUGGUUGAUUUUGCUUCACUUUUCCCAAAAAAAGAUGAUGAAAUUCAUAGAGACUCAAAAUGUGAUUUUGCUGCUCAGUUGGCUGGGUUUAUGGCAUCACUUGUUAUUGAUAUACCUAGCCUGGCUCACUGGAUUACUCAGCUCACAAAAUAUGACUUUGGAAGUGCAACAGGGCAUCUUGUAGCCUCAGUACCUGGAGUUCACCUUAAUAGAACUUCUGUUUUGGCGGAAUCCUUUCGGCCCUCUUCGGUAAAUACUCAAUUUCUUGGCUCAGUUUUAGCAUCUGUGGUUGGUUUGAGCCAUCUUUUCCGUACUGUGGCAGACUCAAAUGGUGCGGGUUUAAAAGCACUGGCUGCUGUCCUUGGAAAGUCUUGUAAGAAUGCACAUGGGAGGUUUGAGAUCGUUUUAAGAAGAAAUCACAAUGUGCCUGCUGAUGAAAAUGCUGUUAGCGUUUUUGUUCCCAAAUCUGAUCAAACUUCCGAGGGAGAUUAUGUUCAACUUGGUUUUCUGCCUAGAAAUGUAGCAAAAUGGGUUUCUCCUCUCUGGGAUGCUGGAUUCCUUGCAUUUUCUGGAUAUGUUUAUCCAAAAGAAGCCCUUUCAGCUGUGUCAGGAGAAAACAGCCAGAAAGUACAACUGAUACUAAAUGUGUCAGAGGGACCUCAUUUCCGAGAUAUGUCAAAGAUGAUGCAAUCUGAACAAAUUGCUGCUUUUUGCUCACUCAUUGCUUCAAUUCAAAGACAUUAUGGACUCUGGAGAUUACGGGAGGUUCUGAAUCAAUAUAGAUGGCCCGAAUCAUUGGAGUCUGAGAUUGUAUAUGGUGCUUCUUCCAUUGGUUCUGUCAGUUCAAAAUUUCUCGCUGCAUUUUCGGCUGCUGCUGGGAAGAAGUCACUUCAACAUUUUGAUUCAGAAGAGUCUGACCCUGAAUGGGGCUGCUGGAAUGCUAGGGAAGAAUUGAAGAAUCCUUCUGUUAAAAUUAUUUUCCCCACAAUUGAAAGAGUGAAAAAUGCUUAUAAUGGGAUUAUGCCUUCAAGACGUAUUCUUUGUUUCUCAGAGAGAACAUGGCAAAGGUUGAAGACUUUAAAUGUACUUCAUGAUGCCAUCCCACAUCCCCAUGAAAGAGUAGGGCAUCCAAUGCAUACCAAGGUGGUGCGUAGAUGCUUCUGGUCUAGGAGGGAUGCGCCUUCAAUUGGUUGGGUAUACUGUGGGUCUCAUAAUUUUAGUGCUGCUGCCUGGGGGCGACAAAUUUCAAAUCCGUUUGGUACAAAAGCAGAUGGACCUCAUAAAGGAGACCCGUCUAUGAAUUCUGGGCUUCAUAUUUGCAAUUAUGAACUUGGGAUUAUAUUUACUUUUCCUCCAACAGAAAAUAAUGAUUGUCAUAAAGCUAAAAGCACAAAAUUAGGUGAUAUUGUUCUGCCAUUUGUUGUUCCUGCUCCUAAAUAUGAAUCUCAAGAUAGGCCAGCUACAAAACUUGCUAUGAGAGAGGUGAUGACUGAACUUGCUGAGCGAGAGGGAGAGAAACAAGCUGAAGAAGAAAUGAUGGAAGAGAUUAUUGAGGAAGAGGAAGAAAUAGAAGAAAUCAAUUGUGUUGGGGAGGAGAAGGAAGAAGAGAAGGCAUAUGCAGAGAUACUCUGGAGUCAGGUUGAUUCUUCCCAGAAUAGUUGAACUUUUGAAAGAGGCAAAAAUUGAGAGCAGGAAGCAGUAGUUAUGAAGCAGUCAACACAAGUGCAUUGGUGUUGGGGGAGUCGUGGUAUCUGGUCGCGGGAUGCAAGGGUGGCUUUGAAACUUACAGGAGUGUCAAACUUAAUCUGAGAUAUUAAGAUUGAAGAGCAAAGCUGUUGGCCUCCUAUCAAGAGAAAUUGAUUAGGACUCGUCCAACAAUCACUUGUCUGAAGCAGAUUGAUUUAUAUUUGGAGCAGGAAGUGGUGUUUUCAACCUCAUGUAAUCCAGUCCAUUUUAGGCAGGAGGGAUUAUUGAUACCCACUUUCUCGCCCCAGGUACCAAUCCCAAUUGAUCUGAAUGGAAAUUUCCACCUCUAGAUGGUUUUUUUAGUGAAAUAUAUUAGAACGAUAGACGGAAUGGAAGGACCACAGGUAGCAUCUUAUAGUUUUAAUUGAGAAUUCAAUUGGAGGUCUUACAUGCAACAACUUUGACAGUGAAAACUGUGGAGUAGCCUCAAAAGAAAACAAGAUAGGACCUAUGGCAAUUAGAUGAAUAGUGUAUAAGUAUUUAAUUAUCAUUUUUUUGCUAGAUCUUGAUCAGCUUUGGAAACUAGCGACUGGACAAGAGGCGGUUGCUGCCAAUAGACCCCAGGUUAGGCUUGAGGAUUCCAAAUUUCCAACAGAUGAAUGCUGUCAUGUCUAUUAUGGUCCAAGUUGGGUUAGCAAAACUGAACACAAAUCUUCUGUAGCAUGGUAUGCUAUAUUGAAUAUGUAAGGCGCAAGGCUUUACUUUGUUGUAUACUUUAACAUUAAUAUUCCAUUCAAUUACAUUCAUUUGUAAGUAAUAAACUCUGAAGGCUGCAACCACCUCUUAUUGGAUUGUGCCAGAAGUACACACCUUAGUUAGUAGUAGUAACUGGAAAUCAGUUGGAUAGCUUACAAGUGGUUAGAUAGUUUACAGUUAAUAAACUCUAUAAAUAGUGUAACAUUGUAAUAUAUUGAUCAUUUUUUCUGUAUGUAACAUUUGACAAUUAGCCCUUAAGCAAGCUAGUGUUUUUGCCAGAUUUCCUCUUCCUCUGAUAUCAGAGAUUGUAAGAUCAAUUCAUGUAUACCUUGUAGUUAAACCUAUUUGUUACAUAUCGAAGAGAAAUGAUUGUUGUAUUGCUUGAGA